AUGACAGAUCAUCUGCACCAACAGUCUCAGCAUCCCCCACCAGGUCCGCCGAUAUCCCAGUCACAAUCAACGUCUGCCUCGAUGCUAGGCCAGCAUUCAUCGUCAAUAUCAUCUUUAUCAUCUCAGUUGUCACCCAAGACUCAACAUGACAUGAAACCGGAACAUUUUAUACCGCAUCUACUAGGCAAGCCCCAUACAUUGUUAAACCCAGCAUUGUUCACCGGGUUUCUGCCCCCGGUCUCGAUGGUCCCCAGUCCCAUCAUGCCAAUGCCAUCACAUCGACCUCCCCCGCUGGUCAGCACCCCUGGAAGCCACGGUUCCGGUUCCUGUUCAUCCUUACCCCAGACUCCAACGAGGGACAGCUGCAGCAGCAGUGGUAGCAGCCGUAGCGGCAGUGAGUGCAGCGGGCCUGUUCGCAGGAGAGUCUCAGACAAAUGCAACCUUCCCAUUUCAGCAGAAAUCCACAGAAAUCGUGAAUUUUAUAAAAAUACAGAUGUUCGUCCUCCAUUUACUUAUGCCUCUUUGAUACGACAGGCAAUAAUAGAGUCUCCACACCGACAGUUGACACUUAACGAAAUCUAUCAGUGGUUCCAGAACACGUUUGCAUAUUUCAGACGCAAUGAGGCUACCUGGAAAAAUGCUGUUCGCCACAACCUCAGCCUGCACAAAUGUUUUAUGAGAGUGGAGAAUGUGAAAGGGGCUGUGUGGACUGUUGAUGAGAUAGAGUUCUACAAACGUCGGCCGCAAAAACUGGGUGCUGGCCCAGGUGACAUGAAAAAUUCUUUGAGUGAUGCAUCUUACAAUGAAACCUUUAGUGCAUCUUUGAGAGCUGUGCUUGGAGAAGGAAUGGCAAUGAUGGGUGCUGAUAUUUUACCAGACCAGGAGAGUGCUCAAGAUUUGUCCAUGAAGACAACAGGGCAUGAUGAAUUUGGCAAUGGGGAAUUUGAUGAAGCCGAACUUAUGAUGAGAAUCAAACAAGAAGUUCAAGAAGUGUACCCUGAUUUGGUCUUCAGCAAUCCUCGCCCACUAUCUCCUGGCAAUCCUUGUUCGCCUCGGCAGGAAGAUCAUGAUCCGAGAGGAAUUGAGGUCAAAGGUGGACAGAUGGUGAUGAUACCAGAAGUGAUGGACCAUUUUGACAGCAGGCAGAAUCAGGUUGAAGAAGAUAAGAAGGAUGAAGAAGUUGAAGAUAGUAAUGCUGACAUGUGUCCUGAAUAUGAUGAAGACUGUAGCAGAGAACAAGAGGAGAAGCAACAUUUUGAAGAUGGGGAUGACGAUGAUGAAUGUGAUAUGUCUAGGCCAAGGAGUGAAGUUGAAGCAGAGCAUGAGCUCAGAACAGUACAAGAAAAGUUGCAACAUGACCAAGAAGACGUCAAGAAAGAUUACUAUGGUUUAGAAAAUGGGUUCAGAUCCCUAGGAGAGAGAAAGUUUAAUGCCCCUCAACAUUAUAUGUUGAUGCCCCCAAGUUUCUCACCUCUCAGUAUAACUGAUAAUGAACAACGACAGUUCACAAAUAAUCAAAAUUAUCUGGCACGAUCCCUUUCUCGUGAUUAUGGGGAAGACAGAGCCUCUGGCCAGCAUGCACAUUUAGAUGCCUCUUUUUUCACAAUAGAAAAUCAGAACAGUAAAAACAUGAAUGUUCAAGAAAAUGAUAACAAGGAUGGCAUUGGUCACAGGCCAGAUAAUUCAGUGACAAGACCAUUUGUAGUUCAGUUACCAGACUCAGGACCAGUCUUUGCUUCGUCUCAUCGACAGAAUGUCCCUUGUCAAACAUCAUCAAUUGACAUUGCUGUUUCUGCACCAUCAUAA